CGUCCGCCGCCUGUCACUGCGGUUGCGCGCGGCGAGCGGCGAUCCCGGGGCGCCUGCGCGGGUGGCUUUGCGGGCGCUCGCGGUAAGUUUGCGCCAAGUGCGCGGCAGCCGGGACGCAGACGGCGGCGGCGGCGAGAGGCGGAGCCCGGGGACCACCCCCCAUCACCCUCCCCGCAGUCACCUCACGUACCGCAACCUCACCUAACCUCUCACCCCUCCUCCGAUCCCCCCAACCCCGGGAUGGCAGCGCCCGCCAGCCUUCCCGGCCGGACCAGCGGUCGCCAGCGCCGGCUUUAGCCUGUGGGACUAGGCCCCGCCGAGGCCUGACCCCCGGAGCCGGGACCCACCGUGCAGCCAGCCGCCGGGCCGGGGCUGAGGGGCCGCUCCCCCCUCACGGCCCGUGGGGAGGACGCUGCCGUCCCGGGGACUGGGGGCCGGGGGGUGGGGGGGAGCCAGGGCGAGGAAGUCGGGACCCGUGUUGGGAAAAAAGAAGGGGGACCGGGGUCAGGAGCGCCCCCUCCUCCCGCUUCCCCCCUCCCCACGGGGUUGGGGGGGCCGGAGCAGAAAGCGCCCAGCCCGGGAGGUGGAUGAAUGUGGGAGAAAAUGGAGACCAAGACGAUCGUGUACGACUUGGACACGUCGGGGGGGCUAAUGGAGCAAAUCCAAGCUCUGCUGGCUCCCCCCAAGACGGACGAGGCAGAAAAGCGGAGUCGGAAGCCUGAAAAGGAGCCCCGGAGAAGCGGCAGGGCCACCAACCACGACAGCUGCGAUAGCUGCAAAGAAGGUGGGGAUCUUCUGUGCUGUGACCACUGCCCGGCCGCUUUUCACCUCCAGUGCUGUAACCCUCCACUGAGUGAAGAGAUGUUGCCUCCUGGGGAGUGGAUGUGUCACCGGUGCACUGUUCGCCGAAAGAAACGAGAACAGAAAAAGGAACUGGGCCAUGUCAAUGGACUAGUGGACAAAUCUGGCAAACGGACUACAUCCCCCAGCAGUGACACUGACUUGUUGGACAGAUCAGCUAGCAAAACUGAACUCAAGGCCAUUGCUCAUGCCCGGAUCCUGGAGAGGAGAGCCAGCCGGCCUGGCACGCCCACAUCCAACGCCAGCACAGAGACCCCCACCUCUGAGCAGAACGACGUCGACGAGGACAUCAUUGACGUGGAUGAGGAGCCAGUGGCAGCAGAGUCGGACUAUGUGCAGCCCCAGCUAAGACGGCCCUUUGAGCUGCUGAUUGCUGCCGCCAUGGAGCGGAACCCCACCCAAUUUCAGUUGCCCAAUGAACUGACUUGUACCACCGCACUACCAGGUUCUAGCAAAAGGAGAAGAAAGGAGGAAACCACAGGGAAAAAUGUUAAGAAGACACAGCACGAGUUAGAUCACAAUGGUCUCGUUCCCUUACCAGUCAAGGUCUGCUUCACGUGUAACAGGAGUUGCCGUGUGGCCCCUCUUAUCCAGUGUGACUAUUGCCCCCUCCUGUUCCACAUGGACUGCCUCGAGCCACCGCUCACUGCCAUGCCCCUGGGCAGAUGGAUGUGUCCGAAUCACAUCGAACAUGUGGUGCUGAACCAGAAGAAUAUGACGCUGAGCAAUCGAUGCCAGGUGUUUGACCGUUUCCAGGACACCAUUUCGCAGCAUGUUGUCAAAGUGGACUUCCUGAACCGAAUCCACAAGAAGCACCCUCCUAACCGCCGUGUGCUCCAGUCAGUCAAAAGAAGAAGCUUGAAGGUUCCCGAUGCUAUAAAAUCUCAGUACCAAUUUCCACCCCCUCUCAUUGCACCUGCGGCCAUUCGGGAUGGGGAGCUGAUCUGCAAUGGGAUCCCUGAGGAAUCACAGACGCACCUUUUGAACUCUGAGCACUUAGCCACCCAGGCAGAGCAGCAAGAGUGGCUCUGUAGUGUUGUUGCGCUCCAGUGCAGCAUAUUGAAACAUUUAUCUGCUAAGCAGAUGCCUUCGCAUUGGGACUCUGAACAGACAGAGAAGGCUGAUAUUAAGCCUGUUAUUGUGACUGACAGCUCAAUCACCACCUCCCUGCAAACAGCUGACAAGGCACCUAUACCUUCCCACUACCCUUUGUCCUGCCCCUCAGGGAUUAGCACCCAGAAUUCCCUGAGCUGCUCUCCACCCCCCCAGCCCCCAGCCCUAGAGGACAUCAGCUGCAGUUCUUGUGCGGAAAAAUCCAAGAAAGUCCCCUGUGGGACUGCCAACGGGCCAGUGAACACAGAGGUGAAAGCCAAUGGCCCACACCUCUACAGCAGCCCCACUGAUUCCACGGACCCCCGGCGACUUCCAGGCGCCAACACCCCCCUGCCAGGCCUCUCACACCGGCAAGGCUGGCCCCGGCCCCUCACGCCACCAGCAGCUGGGGGGCUUCAGAACCACACCGUCGGCAUCAUUGUGAAGACAGAGAAUGCCACUGGCCCCAGCUCUUGCCCCCAGAGGAGUUUGGUUCCUGUCCCAAGCCUGCCCCCUUCCAUUCCCAGCUCUUGUGCCAGCAUCGAGAACACCAGCACUUUGCAAAGAAAGACUGUCCAAUCACAGAUAGGACCUCCGUUGACAGAUUCAAGGCCACUGGGCUCACCCCCAAAUGCCACCCGGGUGCUCACUCCCCCCCAAGCAGCAGGAGAUGGUAUCUUGGCCCCAGCAGCCAACCAACGAUUCUGCUCACCAGCGCCAUCAUCAGAUGGCAAGGUCAGCCCCGGCACGUUAUCCAUAGGAAGCGCUUUAACCGUACCCUCUUUCCCAGCCAACUCUACUGCCAUGGUGGACCUCACCAACUCACUGCGAGCAUUUAUGGAUGUCAAUGGAGAAAUCGAGAUAAAUAUGCUGGAUGAGAAGCUGAUCAAGUUUCUGGCCUUGCAGAGAAUACAUCAGCUUUUCCCCUCCCGAGUCCAAGCUUCACCAGGCAGUGUCGGGGCACAUCCACUGGCUUCUGGAGGGCACCAGACAGAAGUGCAAAGAAAGGAGGUACAGUCUCGAGCUGUGUUCUACCCUCUCUUAGGGUUGGGAGGAGCUGUGAACAUGUGCUAUCGAACCCUCUACAUCGGGACAGGAGCUGACAUGGACGUGUGCCUUACAAACUAUGGUCACUGUAACUACGUGUCCGGGAAACACGCCUGCAUAUUCUACGAUGAGAAUACCAAACAUUAUGAGCUGUUAAACUACAGUGAGCAUGGGACAACGGUGGACAAUGUGCUGUAUUCAUGUGACUUCUCUGAGAAGACCCCGCCAACCCCCCCAAGCAGUAUUGUUGCCAAAGUGCAGAGUGUCAUCAGGCGCCACCGGCACCAGAAACAGGAUGAAGAGCCAAGUGAGGAGGCAGCCAUGAUGAGCUCCCAGGCCCAGGGGCCGCAGCGGAGACCCUGCAACUGCAAAGCCAGCAGCUCGAGCUUGAUUGGGGGCAGUGGGGCCGGCUGGGAAGGCACGGCCUUACUGCACCAUGGCAGCUACAUCAAGCUGGGGUGCCUGCAGUUUGUCUUCAGCAUCACUGAGUUUGCGACCAAACAGCCCAAAGGCGAUGCCGGCCUGCUGCAGGAUGCAGUCUUGGCCGAGAAGCUCUCUCUCAAGCCCCACCAGGGCCCUGUGCUGCGCUCCAACUCCGUUCCCUAGGACUGGCGGCUACCCGGUCACCCGCCUGUCCACCCAACCCAAGACUCCUGCAAUGCAAAAAUGUACACAAACCAAGCCCGGGUUUUUUCUAUACUCCACCAGAAACCCCUCAACUACAAUCUUUGCAUGAAAUGAAGAAAACCUUUUGACUGUUUUUUAAAAAUCCUUUUUCUUUUCUCAAGUUCUAGGGGGCAUUUGCACAUAUGUUUGUACUCACCAUUUCAUGGGAAAGCGGCAGACCCGAGCUGAGGAACAGUGUGGGCAGGGAGGGGAAGGCCCAUGGUCUGGACACUUCCUCCAACACAAAACCAUUCCCCACCCACAUCCUGCUCCCUCCCCCUGGCCCGCCGUUGUAAAAUAAUCAGAAACUUGUUCUAUUUUGUGGCAGUGACAAUAGUUUUAUAUUAAAAGAAAAAAUACAGUUUUCAUACAGCAAAA